UUAAUUCAAGAGAUCAAAACAAACUAAAUACAAAAACUAAAUACAAAAAACUAAACAUAACAAAUGAGGUUUAUACCUACAUGAAAAUUGCUAGAUCAGAAACAAUUCAUAUUAGAUAAUGUUUCAAUAUAAAAAUAAUCUUGUCAUUAUUGCAUCGUCAUUGCAAUUUCUUUAGAUAUUUAUAUUUGAGUUUAUUUCAAAACAAGAUGCUGGCGUUCACUUCAUAGAUAAUACAACCAAUGUGACCCCAGAAAACUUCCCUAGCUAUAGGACCGACUCCUUGCGGUUUGUCGACCACGGAAAUAGAUGUGGAAGUAUAAUAGCUGCUGAAAAAGGGAAUGGUGUGUGCGGUGCUGGAAUUGCAUAUGAAGCAAAAGUUGUUCCUUUGAAGAUUAUUUCGGUGGAGCAUAAGUACCAAAGAUUUAAGCCAAACACUACAUCUCAUAUUAUUGGAAGGGCUCUUGCGUAUGGUUUACAGCAUAUUCAUAUUUACUCAAACAGCUGGUCGCCACCUGAAAAGUUUGAACCACUCGACAUGGCGAUAAGAGAGCCUAUCCUGUACGGAGUAACAAAUGGCCGGAACAAACUUGGGGCAAUUUAUGUUGUACCUGAUGGGUCGGAUGGUAUAUCUGGCAGUGGUCUUGCAAACAACAUACACACUAUCACUGUUAACAGUGUUGGUGUCUAUGUCGUAUUGCCAAGGAGACCGCAAGUCAGUGCGUGUAUGUUGACUUCAGGUCUUGGAGAAGGAAAAAGACUGAACACAAACUACAUGCUGACAUCUUUCAACAAUAGAUGUAUCAGAUCAUUCAAAGGCGUUUCAGCCGCAGUUGCAGAAGUUUCAGCAAUAAUUGCGCUUGCCUUACAAGCAAGGCCACUUUUAUCGGUGAGGGACAUUCAAUAUUUACUCGUCGAAUCAUCGGAUCAGCAACAACUGGCAAAAACAAAUGAAAUCAAAAGAAAUGCAGCUGGGAAACUAUUUAACCCUUUUCUUGGGUUCGGAUUAAUUGAUGCUGACAAAAUGGUAUCCCUUUCAAAAACAUGGCCUCUCGUUGGAAACAUUUACAGCAGCACGUUACGUUACAAAAACAUCAGUUCAAAGGGGGUAGAGAAACAUCAAUAUGACUCGAUCACAGAGAGAAUUACUUAUGAAAUAGAAUUUAAGAUGGAAGAACAUAGAUGCCAACCGCAUGUUAAUACAAUAGAACAUGUUGUCUUAUACAUUAGUCAUUUUAUUGUAACUCAAAGAAACCUGAUACUGGAAAUCGUUUCUCCAAGCAAUACAGUCUCUAUCGUUGUGGAUAAUGGAGAUGCUGAUAGUUUCAGUAAAGAUAACACACUAGAAACUUGACAAGUGUACAUUUUUGGGGAGAAAACCCCUUUGGGCGUUGGAAGGUUCGAAUACAACUUGCACAUACUACAGGCACGUACUAUUCUCCAAGUUGGUACUUUUAAUAUAUAUAAAAUAGUGUUGAUAAAACUUCAAAAAAUAGUAUGGAAUCUUAAAUGAUUUACUACAGUUGAGAUUUUUUUUAUUUGUUUCAGGACAAUGAUUGUUAUUAUUUGUGCUAUUUUGAGCAACACUGACGUAUUUGAAAGAGAACAAUAGCUCAUUUGCAGAUGGCACUACUACAUACUGCCAUAAAUUUCUACAAGGUUUCAUACUGUUGAAAAACGGCGUUAAACCCAAAACGAACAAACGAACAUCAAAGCUUUAGUCAAAUAUUGCACGUUUCGUCUUCUUUAGUAACUAUCAGUGUUUUAACUGGUAUUGCUUUGUCAAAUCAUGAAUGUUAUCAAUGAUGCUAGUAUGCUUAUAACAAAGGAUAGGAGAGAUUUAUAGAAAUUAUAAUACCUUACAUCUAUUAAAUUGAAAUAAUAUAAAUAAAGUGAUAAAUUAAAGUUUUUCAUUGCAGAUGAAUACCAACUCAAAUUGGUCUCUUUGACUUUGUACGGAGCUUUCGACGAAAGUAAAAGAACAUGGAAAUGUGUAACACCCACACAGAAAACGUUAAAAACGACGAAAUCACAUGAAGAAAAGGGUGGGGAGAAGAAAGCAAAAAAUUAUGCGAAUCGACUUUUAUCACAAUAUACAUUAAAUGGAUUGCUCAUAUUCUGGAAGGCAUUUGUGAUAUUUCACUAUUUUUAUGAUUUGAUGUAACAGCAAUUUUGUCUUAGUGAUUAAUUGUUUUACAGGUGCAUUAGAAUAAGCCAAAAACUUAACCAGUUAUAUAUAUACAUAUUUAUUUGUUUAUUUAUAUAUUGUUGUAAAUUGAUGUCUUUAAAAAAGGAAUUUGCAUUUAUUGUUUUGUAUAUUUCUGUUGUUCAGUCAGGCAAUUCUUAAUGAACAAAAAAUCUAUAAAUACAUCACAACGGAAAUAAUAAAAGUUUGCUUGGGAUAUAUAUCUUUUUAUAUCGCGUUCGUAUUAUUUGGCGAAAAUCAGUGCCCGCAAAUACUAGGAUGCUAAUACUUUACCGGAAACAGUUCACGGUUUGCGUGUAGAUUGAACACCACGUCUAAGAGUGUUUAGCGAAAGUUCGAUCAUGCGAAACUAUGGCAUAUUUCAGUUUGAAUGAAAGGGUCAAUAGUCACGUUUAAACGUCACAAUACCUUCAAGGAUAAUAUAUGAUUUCCUAUCAAUGUUUAUCGAGUACAUUGACUGGACGUCAAUUUGCAGCUAUCACGGAAUAAUUAUUUCGUUCAAAACCAUUGAACUUAUUGUGUGAUCACAGUUAGUUACAUGAAUGAGUAUAGACCAGUCAUCGGAUAAAAUUUUCAAACGACUAUAGCCUUGAGAUUGAAUUUGGCCGGUACAUUAAUCGUAGGUAUUUUAAGGUACCUAAUAAGCCUUCGGAUCACUUUAAACAUUUUUUGUAUAAAUUAUUCCUAAGUUCAAACCCACUAAGAUUUACAUUUGACAUUUUGAAUGUUUGUGCAAUUUUCGGCCAGUGCAAUUUCAUAUUUGAACUCCCGUUGUUACUAGAAUUUCAACGUCAAGAUUGAUCCGUUUUCAGUUUUUCUGUGAUGUUAAGUCAAUAGAGAUUUUCUUUCAAGGCGAUAUAGACUUGACAACAUGCUUUGUUCAUUCGUAUUUUAAAAUUUAUGUAUACUUUUAUCUGUAAUUAUCAUAUUCUUACAUAGUACUUAAUGUCUACAAAAGGAUAACCUGUUGGGAUGAAUCAGUUUUUAACAUGGUGCACCUACGAGCAGUGAGUGCUAUGACAGGUCCACGAAAAGAGUAAGAGUGAUGUUUGUAUGUGAUUGUCCGGCAAUAAGAUCAAUACUUUACAAAAUGACCCUUACGACUGUGUUAUAGAUAUCAUUUCUUAAAACGGGUAUAAUACUUUUCCUUUGACUUGUAAAUAUUCAUAAUUGAAUAGUCAGAAUCUGCUUAAGGACUGUGAUUGGUUGAUAUGAUUUAAAUUUAUCAUAUUAUUUGUCAUAUUUGUUAUUUCUGUUAUUUGUUUGCAUAUAAUGAUACUCAGAAUUCAAGCACUCCAUAUAUGUAAUUGUCACAUAUCUCCAAAACAUAAGUUUUAUAAUCAUUAUCCAUUUUAUAAACGUCACCUUAACGUGUAAUUUAAAAGAAGUUUGCUUAUUGCAAUAUUUCUGUGCAAAAACGGUAAUGAAAAUUUGAAGAGUGUUAAUUUUACAUUUGUACUUAAUAAUCAGUAUAUCGUAGAUAAGGCUCUCCGCGCAAUGAACCUGUUACUUAUAAAUGUUUAAAAAUACGAAGUAAACACGCGUAUCGCACUACAACUAUUUGAUACUUUUGUUCGAUCUAUAAUGAAUUAUUCCUGCAUGAUUUGAGGCUUCUAAAAAUCAAAAGAACUAGAAAGAAUUCACUUGAAGUAUUGCAAAGCUAUAUUAGGUGUAAAAGUCAGUGCAUGUAACGCUGCCGUCUAUGGCGAAUUAGGUCGCUACUCGUUAUACGUAAACCGAUACACACAGAUUAUCAAAUACUGGUUAAAACUAAUAAAUACCAGAAACAUAAUUCUAGAUACGGUCUGCAAAUAUGCCGUCGAACAGUAUUAUAAACAUAAGCAAAAAUUUUGGUGGGCAACGUAAAGGCAUUGCUAGAUGAAUAUGGGUUCUCAGAAGUAUGGCUGUACCCCGAUAACGUUGACCCAAAGAUUUUUCUCCCAGUUUUUGAAAAUAGAGUAAUUAACUGUUUUAAGCAACAAUGGAUUGCAGACCCAAACAUAAUACAUUAAAUGCAUAUAAAAAGUGACUUAAAAAUUGAACCACAUUUGAAAUUGUCUGUCAAAACAGUUUAAAAUCAUUACUUACAAAAUUAAGAAUUUCAGCGCAUAAUUUGCGAAUCGAUAGACUGAAACAGAAUCCCAAGAAAUGAACGUAUAUGAUUUUUAUGCAAUACUAACGACAUAGAAGACGAAAUUCAUUUUGUGCUCAAAUGUGAAAUCUUCUACAAUAUAAACCGAGAACAUAUAGAAAAAUAUUAUCAAGUACGUCUGCGCAUGUUCAAAUUUGUGGAAGUAUUAAAUGUGAUAAAAAUCCACUAUAAUUAGACUCGCUAAAUUCUUAAAACUUGCAACAACACGAAGAAAUAAUCUAAUGUCAACUCACAACACGUUUUGAUACACAUUAAUUCCUUAAUUAUACUAUUGUAUUAUUGAUGUUGCUAACAUAAUAUGUCUUUAUUUUCCUGUAUUUUUCAGCAAAAAUGCAUUACAUGUACAAUGUCACUUUUUGAUUGUUUAAUUUGUGUAAGACAUAAUUUGAAAACUUAAGAUAUAUUCAUGUUGCUAACAAUUAAGCCUUUAUUUUCCUGCAUUUUUCCCUUUAUGUACAUGUAUAACAUGUACAAUGUACACUUACUGAUUCUUAAUUUUGUGUAAGGCUUAUUUUGGUAGCCUAUUUAAAUCAUACAGGUAUGUUGCUAACAGUAAUAUCAUUAUUUUCCUUUGUUUUCAUCUAUGUACAUGUGUAAUCUCAUUCUCCCGUUAACAGUACCUAAUCUAUCUGAAUUUGUUUUCUUUUUCACACUUAUUUAGUAGAAUGCAUUAUAACAACCUUUAUGUAAUCAACCAUGUAAGCUGUAAAAUUAUUUACCAAUAACAAUGUACAAAAUAUUGUAUACGUUAUUUGAUAAACAUUGUGUUCUUUUC